CUUUCUCCUUCUUCCAGUAUAUAAGGAGCUUCCAGAAGUUCCAAGAUUUUUUUUUUCUGCAUCCCCUCGCCCCCCAAAGUACCAAACAUUGAACCACACCUGGCCAGAACAUUUAGUAUUCCUUCUUAUCACGCUAUAAAGUAUUACCCGUUAUCAUGCCCCUGAAAUUAGACAACGAGAAUGAGCUGCGAGAAGCCCAGGCGGCGCUCUUCAACAUCAACUCCACCAGCGGCUGGUUACUGCUCAACUACGUCGGGCCCAGCACAGUCCACUUCUCGGCCGGCGGCGAAGGGGACAUGUCCGAAGUGUCAUCCCUUCUGGAAGACGACCGGAUCCAGUACGGCCUGAUCCGCCUCGGCGGCAUACAGGAGAAGGGGUCCCUGAAGAGCACCAUGCGGGACGUCUUCUUCACCUGGAUCGGGCCCGGAGUCGGCAUCAUCGAGAAGGGAAAGAAGACGGCGUUCCUGGGGGACGCGCAGAUGUAUCUGCAGCCUUUCCACGCUGACAUCACCAUUCUUAACAAGAGGAAUUUUGAUAGGGAACACGUGCUAGACCGUUCUCAUCCUCUCUCGGGAAGUCACGUCAUCGAAUGAGCCGAAACCGCCAUUUGAGAUGGAAAUGUGGACAGUCAUAAGAGAUGCGCAACUCCUCGACGCAAUCUUUCUAUCGCGUUUAGUAGUAAAAGUGUGUUCUCACCUUGGUUGGAAGCACGAGGUCACAUAUCGCGACUGUGGUUUACAACACUCAGUUACACUAUCGAAUCAGCUUGAGGAGAUGCGCGCAUCUAACAACCUUCCAAGAACAGUUAAUGCAAUGCAGGGCCAAAGUGAUAUCAUCUGGACUUUUUGAGAGCAGGCAAGGCCCUGCAAGUCAGUCAGUAUCCGCAUUAAGCAAAUCAUACG